AUGGCCGUCGCUCGUCCCAUCCUCGGCUUGAUCGCCCUCGUCUUCCUCGCGGGCGGUAUCGUCCUCCAGUUCCUCGUCGUCCUCUCCGGCCUCGAGACCAUGCCCGAGAACCAGAUCUACUUCCUCCAGGCCCGACUCCCCAACAACGCCCAAGGCAUCCCCAACCCGGUCCGAUGGACUUGGCUCCGUCUCUGCGGCGUUGACGGCCAGACCGACCUGAACGCCAACUGCCUGGCCACCGCCGCCGACGUGCCGUUCAGCCCCGUCGACAACUUCUCCGGCACCAACGCCGCCAACAACCUCCCCUCGACCUUCGCCGACAACCGCAACUACUGGUACUACCUCAGCCGCAUCGGUUGGGCUUUCUACAUCAUCGCCCUCUUCUUCGCCGCCCUCGCCAUCUUCACCGGCCUCUUGGCUCUGUGCACCCGCCUCGGCGCUUACCUCAGCAGCAGCUUCACCUUCCUCGCGGUUGGCAUGCAAGCCGUCGCCGCCUCUCUCAUGACCGCCUGGGUUGUCGGUGGUUACCGUGCCUUCAACAACGCCGGUCUCGAGGCUCAAUACGGUGUCAAGGCCAUCGCCUUCACCUGGGCUGCCUUUGCUGCCUGGUCCAUCGCCACCAUCCUCUUCUGCGUCGGCGGUGCCCUCGGCGGCAAGCGCAACACCGAGGACUACGGUCACGAGAAGAAGGGCCUCUUCCGUCGCAACAAGAGCACCCGCAGCCGCGGUAGCUUCCGUGACGCCGACAGCGGUCGCCGCGUCAAGGACGACUACGAAUAA